AUUUUAUAGUUUUCUCUUUGCAAACCGCUUAGUGUAGCCGAGGACUUUGACAUAAGUGGGUGUUUUUGGAAAUUUUGCGCGUGUGGAUUAAUUAAAAAACAACAAAAUUAUGGCACAACAAUUAAUUGGAAAAUUAGCCAUUGUAACAGGCGCUGGAAGUGGUAUCGGUCGCAGCACUUGUCGUCUAUUAAGAGAUUAUGGGGCCAAAGUCAUAGCAGCUGAUCGUAACAUAAAGGCGGCAGAGGAGACGGCAAAAGAAUUGGGUGAUCGUGACAUAUUCCCCUUGGAAGUUGAUGUCUCAUCACUGCAAAGUGUAACCAAUGCUGUUGGCAAAACCUACGAACAAUUCCAAACAACGCCAUCCAUUGUUGUCAACUCGGCGGGCAUCACACGCGACGGUUACCUUUUGAAAAUGCCCGAACGUGACUACGACGAUGUGUACAGCGUCAAUCUGAAAGGUACAUUCAUGGUAACACAGCAAUUCGCCAAAGCCAUGAUUGAACAUAAAAUCCAGGGUGGUAGCAUUGUUAACAUUUCCAGUAUUGUUGCCAAAAUGAACAACAUCGGCCAGGCUAAUUAUGCUGCCACAAAGGCUGGCGUGAUAUCGUUUACGGAAGUAGCUUCAAAGGAAUUCGGUAAAUUUGGCAUUCGUGUCAAUGCCAUACUUCCUGGCUACAUUAAUACACCUAUGGUCGCUGUUGUACCGGAAAAAAUUAAGGAACAAGUUGUGAUGCGUUGUCCAUUGGGUCGCCUGGGAGAACCGAGUGAAAUUGCUGAAGUCAUUGCAUUUUUGGCAUCCGACAAAUCGUCGUAUAUUAAUGGUGCUGCCAUUGAGGUGACUGGUGGUCUUAAGUGAGUGAUGAUGGAGUAGAGUAAAUAAUGGAAUCACUCAUAGUCGGUGGUUUUAAAUGCAUUUAAUAGGA